UGAAAAAUUAAAAUGAUAAUUUCUUGUUCAUUAAAAUUCAGUGCAUUGCAACGUCAAACAUACACAGAUUAUGAUGAAAAACAGAAUUCAGCUGUUUGUGUCGUCACUGAAAGGUGCUGAGGUCCGGUCAGGCUCCGCCCCCUUCCUUCAGAUCAUCCUCGCGCGGUGAAGAAGUUCUUUCUGGACGAUGCUCCGAGGAAGAGGACUCUUUUAAAUAAAGCUUCAGAAGUUUAUUUAAAAAGGGAUGGAGACAGCACGUGAUUAUUCAAGGUCAUGUGACUGACGUACUGAGACUGACUUGAUCGUAAGAGAGAGAGGGCCUCCUGUCAAGAAGCGCACUUCAGGGUGUCUGCGAGGGACCUGAAGACAGAGAGGAUAAAAGCCUGAAAGCUUAUCAAUCGCCCCAGCUAUCGGUUUUCGUUUGGAUUUACUUUCUGUUUGCUCUGGUCUGGACCAUCGACUUUGGGGGCGAAGAUGAAGCUGACUUCAUCCUAUAUUCUGUGUCUGUCCCUUCUUCUGUUUCACACCCCGUUUUCACAGCCCAAGAGGGGAGGUGGAGGAGGUAGAGGAGGGUUCGGAAGGAAAUCCCACUCUAGUAAAAGCAAUACGGGCUACAAAAGAAAGAGCACCGGCACUCAGGAAAAAUAUUCACACCAGCCCGUGCAUCACAAUCCCCCACAGAUGGGGGGAGGUGGUUACCCCAAACAGCAGUAUCCAGGAGGAAGGUUUGAGGGGAGUUAUGGCAGUUACCCACGUAUACAAAUUAAUCCAGAAAACAAAAUCCGGAGCCCUCACUACAGCGGUAGCUUUGGCUAUAGGGGGUACGACACCCAGGACAGGUCUCCGUUUUACCAGCAAGUAAGGGGGAUGACCCCAGAUGCCAGAUCCAGAGGAUUUGGACGCAAAGCGGUGAUGGCAGCAGCUGGGGGGGCUGUGGCGGGAAUGGCGUUUGGCUACGGCUUAGGAAGAUUUCCAUCUCCCCAUUUCCAGCUUCGCAACCGACAGGAGGAGUAUUACUACAACCAUUACAAUCACAGGAAAUCCAAAGAGCGGCCUUCUGACACUAAACACCACAACAGAGAACAGUUCAGGCCCCCACCGCAGGACUACAGCAGAUACAUGGACUUGUGCAUGGAGAGGAGCGACCUGUUUCCAGCGGAGAAGCCAAAACCAGCUGUUGCUGCCUCAGUGACCGGCCAAACGGCAAACAAGAAGAAGACCAACAUGAGCGCAGUAGAAGGAUCAUCGUCCUCUUUCCCCGUGACUCCACCCCUUUCAAAUCCACAACAAGCCAGUUUAGCACCCGACUCUUCAGCGCCAAUCAACAGCGCAGAAGAUGAUGCUGAUACAGUCAGCAUCAUGGAGAUCGGUUACCCAGCUCUGAUCCAGCAAGUGAAGGGGAGAAGAUGCUUGGAGAUGUACAUGUCUCUGGAGUCUGGAGGAGGAGCCACAGCGCUGAGUUCGCGCUUUCAGGGCGUUUCAGCCGUGCUCCUGGCCACGAUACUGACAGCUUUGAAGCUGCUCCACUGAUCAGAUUUACUGCAAUACGGGGCUGGAGUCAUUACUCACCGCCAAGGUUGUGUUGACAGUCUCAAAGAUUUUCCAUCAGUUUUCAGUAAACACUUAUGUUGAUGGAGGUUCCCCAUCGUCUAGGUGGAGUCACCUGCGAGACAAGUCAUGUGAAGCAAAGAUGUUCCACAGAAAACAGACACGACUAAGCUCUCUGUGAAAAUAAUAUCAUUUUUAGAGUUUUGUCUCGUGUUUUUGGCCUUUAGGGGAUCCUAUAUGUUGCUUUACUAACAUCUUAAAUUAUGUUUAACUCAUCAAUAUGUUGUAUUUUUUAUUUUUGUUGCCUAAAAUGGUUUUUUCUUGUAUUUCUUGUUUUUUUCUUGAAUUUCAGUUUCUUUGCCAAAUAUUUGCAAAACUAGAAAUCAUGAAAGUUAAAGUGAUGUUAGAAUGAAAUCUUCGAUGAGCAACUGCUCCGAAAAAUCCAGAUUCCUGCUGACGGGACAUCCUCUUUUAAAAAGUACAAUGAUUUUUUUCCCUUCCCAUUUAAUUUAGGCACUACGGCGAAUCAUAAGGACCACCAUGAGAGCAAAUAAAAAGAGAAUAAAAUCCUGAAAUUAUGAGGAAAAAGUUUAAAUUUGCCUCUUGUUUCUUCUGAAGUUGUAAUCGCUUCGGCAGAAAAGCUAACUGGAAAAGUUAGAAACAAAAUCAUUUUCUAUAAUGUUUCACAUUUUAUGAUUUGAUUCACAGGAAGAAAAUCUGUGAAUGAUUAAACAAUUGAAGCACUAAACAAUAUAUUUGUUCUGUAUAAAGAAGAUAAAUAUUGACAAAUUUCUUUUAGUUAAAAAAUGCAACAUAAAUGACUAGAAUUUAGAAAAAGGUAAAAAAAAAAAAGACCAUGUUACUGUGAAUUAUUACCGUAGAUCUUGUCCUUUAUGAUUUUUUAUUGUUUAUUUUUUAAGACCUAAUGUGUCUUCAUCUUUUUGUCUCAUUAAAAAUAAGUUUGCAGCAGCUUGAGCAACUUCAGGGACAGUAUGAAAUCAGGAAGUUUUAUUCUGAAAAGCAGAAUGGCUCAUUAGGUGUUCUUAAAGCAAAUUAAGACUUUAAUUUUGACAAUUAUCAAUGAAUCUUUACUGGUAUUUAUCAACCCAACUGGACUUUAGCCAUAAAAGAACCUAACUGUUACCCUUCCCCGUUGUGUGCAGCGUUUUCAUGGAGUUUAGAGACUGCAGAUCCAUCUCUGCUGAAAAUAGCUUUAAAAAUAAAUACAACUAAAAAACAAUAAAUGGAUUAUUGAUUUAAUUAUUAAAAAAUUUUAAAAAUUAAAAAUACAAUUUAAAAAUAGCUAAUUUCAAUGGUGUGAUUGCAGAAGUGCUCCUAGAAUGUCAACUCCAUCUGUUCCAGCAUAUGCAACAUAUCACUGUCUGUGUCUAAAUCUUAACAAAUAAUAAUAUUUGAUGUGUUCCAAGUUUCAUUAGGAAUUGAUACUAUUUAGGCUCAAAAGAGGCACAAACACCUGUAGGAGUAACAUUUUCAUUUCAUGGUUUUUAUUACUUGAUUUACUUUUUGUGUUGCGAAGAAAAUUCAACGAUGUGAAUAAGUCAAUGCUUAUUUGAAAGCAUUAAUUUACUGUACAAACAUGACCAGUAAAAAAUG